GGGAAAAAGGACGUUUGAAAACAAAAUCCCAACUCGGGACCUAUUUAGUGCGGCGGGGGCGGAGCGACAAUUCUCGCGCUCAGGGCCAACUGCAGCUGCGCAGAGUCACAUUUCCGUCCCCGCCCCCGCGAGCCUGCAGAACGAGCUGUCAUGGCGGCCGGGGUGUUAGGUUUGUGCGCUCGCCGCCUUUUAGCAGCAGCGGCGACGCGAGGGCUCCCGGCUGCCCGUGUUCGCUGGGAGUCCGGCUCCUCCAGGGCUGUGAUCGCCCCGUCCGCUCUGGUGGGAAAGCGGCCGCCGGAACCGACUAUACGCUUGCAGGAGGACCCAGAUCCGGAGGACGAAAACCUCUAUGAGAAGAACCCAGAUUCCCACGGUUAUGACAAGGACCCCGUUGUGGACCUCUGGAACAUGCGGGUCGUCUUCUUCUUUGGCUUCUCCAUCGUCUUGGUCCUUGGCAGCACCUUUGUGGCUUAUCUGCCUGACUACAGGAUGCAGGAGUGGGCCCGCCGGGAAGCUGAGAGGCUCGUGAAAUACCGAGAGGCCAACGGCCUCCCCCUCAUGGAAUCCAACUGCUUCGACCCCAACAAGAUCCAGCUGCCGGAGGGUGAGGACUGACCUGGGGCCGAGAGAGGCUUAAGAAGCACCACUUUCUUUAUCUCCUGUCUGCCGUUCUGCCCUCCUCUCAGAGCACCUAAUUAAAGGGACUGAAAAUGUG